AUGUCCCUUAAAUGUACGCCCGAUAUUGCGGAGCUGCUGCCCACGCGACAGUAUCGUUGCGAAUACGGAUGUAAAGAGGUAUAUGGCAAUCAAAGUCACUAUCAAGUGCAUCUACGACGCCGACACAAUGUGACAAUCUUAAAGGAUCCGGAAAAGGAGCAGACUAGCUAUCAUUGUCCAAUUGAGAAGUGCAUAUACCAUGUUGAAAUGCGAGGCGCCCGAAGCUUUUCGAAUUUGCGUUUUCUGCGCCAGCAUUAUCAGAAAGUGCACAUGGCCAAGGAGAACAAGUGUGACAAGUGCCUGGAAACGUUUUUACUCCCACGUCAGCUGGAGAAGCACCACUGUUGUGUUACAUUCGAGUGUCCUGUUUGUGAGCUCAAGUACAGCAGCAAAGCUGCACUGCAAACGCAUAUGAGACGUAAGAGCCAUAUGGGUUCAAUCAAUCAAUCAAUCAAUGAGAUAUCUACAAAGGUGGCACUGCCUACAUUGAAGGCUUGGAAAAAAUCACAGCAAGCUCAAAAAGCUGUGGAGAGUAUAUCACAAGAAACAAUCCAACCACUGUACUAUACUAUACCAGCUAUUGAGAUGCCUUAUUUCAUUGAAGUACCCGUGGAAAUGCAGCCUGUCAGUGUCGAUGAUGUAUCCCUGGAAGUGCAGCCUAUGGAUGAACCCAUUCCCAACUUUACCGCUGAGGAAGUGGAACGACUAUUGCGUGACAUGGAAACGCAAACAGAUGACGUUGAUUUGGAUGGCAUUGAUCUCAAUAAUGAGGAGCUGGCGCCUCUACUGCGUAACAUACAAACUCAAACGCUAGACAAUAGACAAAACCAAGGCACUAUGACAGAACUGGACUUGGAUGCAACUUGUGAUUUUGAGCCCAUGUUUUGUGAACAGACCUCAGCACAUAUGCAUACCCAGAGUGAUUUUGGGCCCAUCUUUGGUGAACAGACCUCAACACAUAUGCAGACCCAGACCUGUAAUGAGCUCUUUGAGGAGUUGGGCUUGUCGCAUAUACAGACACAAACCCAUUGGUCAGAUGGUCUCUAUAAUACACAACAAACGCAGACCUGCGAUGAAAUGCUGGAUGAACUUCUGGAGAACUUUCAGUCAACCUGCACCCAAACAAGAUGGUUGGAUUGGCAGGAAACGGCAGACAGCGUCGAAUAUCAACAACAGCAUUAG